AACAUCAAAGAGAAACGGGGAGGACGUGAGCGGUGCGUGUGUGGUUGUGAGAGAGAGGGGCAACUCUCUUCUUCUCAAAGUGCACCUCGACUAUGGCCACAUCAUUGACCUUCAAAUUGUCAAAUGCCACUACUACUUCUCGGUUCUUAUCAUUGUUUCGUAUCCUAUUCAUGGCCUUUAG